AAUAGGUCGACGUUUGAUACGGAUGCACAAGGUAACCAGCAUCUAAUCAUGCACUUUUAUGUAAGUCUACUUCGUUUCGUCAGCUAUGAGCUUUAACGAGUCUGACGUCGCAUAGGUCGAAGGACCGCUAAAUAAUGGUGUGGUAAAUAUGCAUCUGAUAAAAUAUGCCAAUCACGACGACUUUGAAUAUAAGUACCUCUGUAUUGACAUCAAGGGUCAUUCGAGGAUUUACCUAGAGAAUGCCGAUUCUAAGCCCGCGGGUGGAGGAACAAGGAAUUUCAAACUGUUCGGAGUGAACUGGAAAUAAUAUUGUAUAUAUUACCCCUUGCUAGCCUAAUACAUUGCGGUUCACCAGUUAGAUAAUCCUUUCUCACUUUGCUGGAGAACGUACCCCGCAUCGAAACCUGCAGGCUCAUCUUCAACGACGCCGAACCACCAUGGCAUCCCUCGAGAACCUGGCUCCAGAACAUUUACAAUCUUUCCGGCAAGCAUUAGAGAACCUGCUCGCAACUGAUGUCGCUGAGUUUACAUAUGCACUAAUCAUCGAUGGCCUUCCUACCCAAAAAGUCUACUCCGAGGCACAUAGAUGGAAUUUAGAAGGGCUUCCAAUACUAAGCCAACCACAGCUUUCCGAAGGUACUAUAGAGAGGAUAAGAAGAUUCCGUGCUGACUUUGAGAUACUAUCCUUACAAUUCCCACCAUACAAGCAUAUCAGAACACUACAUCAGGCUCGAUUGCUUUCAAGUUGCGAUUAUUGGAACUUCUGGCAAUUGCUAGUCAUCAAAUCGCAGUGUUUCUCUACAAUCUUGAUGAGGGCUCUCACAAACACUCAGAGUACUCUCUCAGCCAUGAUACAGGAUAUCCCGGCCGAUAUGUCCUGGGAAUUGAAGAAAGUGCCACCCCUCACGCCAUUCUUUAACCACUGCUAUCGGGACUACGAUCAGUACCCAAACUCCGUGUCGGAUGUUGUCGGAUAUUGGGCAGAAACACGCAUUUUUGGUGGCGUGGUAUUAUUUGACCGCGGCGAGACCGAUGAGGAGUGCGAUGGGAUGUAUUUGCACAGUGAUAGGAGAAACAGUCCUUACACUAUAUUCCCUCCUACAGAAACCCAGUUCGAGAAUUUGGUAGACUUUUUACUCUCCCCAACUGCAGACCCCUCCCGCUGUCCUUUGCCAAUUACCUGUACAGCGGACAACAAGUGGCGUUGGGAGCCCUACGAGGCUAUGGCGUAUUAUCAUAUCUUCCGGGACCGCUACGAGCGAAAAUUACCCGAAGAUUAUAGAUAUUCCGAUGUUCAGUCUGCCAGAAACUGGCCAGAGGUCAACGAUCGGUACAUCGAUUUUCAGCAACAAAUGGCGAAAAGAGAAGAACUUCCGGUCGACGAAGACGCAUGGAAAGCAGCAAAAGACAACCUACGUAAAAUCACACCAUCCUCGCCGGCUUGGUACUGGGAAAAGCCGGAAAGAAUGGAAAAGAAGAUGCUUGGAAAGCCCCCGUACUUUUUCGAUCCAUUUUCGGAAAUAAGAAAGAUUAAGGAAAACCUUGAUAUCCUUCUCGUCAAUAACAUACUUCUCUCCAGGCAAAAUAUCGAUGCCAUUAUCGCUCAGCUGUACCCCUUCUGCUUCCUUAAACACGAAACCCUUGACAGGUUUCUUUGCGGAGACUACUACCGGAUCUUUCAAAGCGGCAGUAGCACCGGCCCACUCAUGAAGAAGGAGAUGGGCGAGGGCAAGAUUCGGGCAGCAUUUUAAUCUGUAAUAUAUCUUGCAUAUGGCACUCAAAGUUCUAGUACCUUAGCUACCUAUGCUAACCAUAAUUACUCACAAAUUCGUAAAAGUAGCGGUAUGAUGUGUAAAUGACUACGGUUUUAUUAGGCACGAUGCUUCUACCAAUAUCAAC